AUGUGGAGCAUUGAUGAGACUAAAAAAAAAAAAAAAAAAAAUCGUACGUUUGAGUGUGUAUAUGCAUAUAUUGAAAUUGGAUCUUAGGAGUGAUUUAUCAGAAAACAAUGAAUUUUAACAUGUGUCGGCAACGAAGGAAAUGACAAUGUCUCACUCGGUAACCGUCAGAACGCAAACGAUGACUAGCCACUCCACUUCGGUCAUUAUCAACAGCGGCUACUUGAAGACGUGGGGCGGCAUCAUCAAGUUGUUGCAGCUGACGCUUGGAGUCGUUUGCGUGGGAAUAAUCGGUCAUCAGUUCACCACAAAUCAGUAUUUCGUCACCGCUGAAUUAUUUUUCCUACUAAUAAUGACAACAUUUAUGAUUGGUACAUUUAUUAUCAUCGUGAGCUGCUUAGCAUCGUUCUCAACUUCUUCAAUUAUCGUCAAAACCAUUUAUGAACUCAUGUACCACGCGAUAGCAUUCGGACUGAUUCUAGCCGCGUCGCUAACGUUUCUGGUGAACGUUUCCAACAGAAAUCAAAGAGGCUACGAAGUGCUGAUGACUGGUGCUAUCUGUGGUUUGGUGAACUCGGCGCUAUAUUUUCUGAGCACCAUCAUAGCUGUGCGCACGCACAGAGGACUUUAAGGAGACCGUUGCGUUUUUUUGUCAAGAAUCUUCAAACAUCUGCGUGUCUGUAACCCUUUGCGAUCCGUAUGUCGAGUUUACCUCGAUGUAAUGAAACGAGAAAAUUUCAACCGCAAAGGUUUAAAUUGCUCGUCCAAUUGGUUUCGUAUACUCUGUAAACUGUGGACUGAUUUGGAUCACGGUGAUUCGAUGCCAAACGUGAUUUAAGUAUUAUCUAAGUCACGACUUUUUAUACCUGAGUGUAAUUCAAACGAUAUAUUUAUAUUUCAUACAUACACACGUACUGCCAUCGCGCUAUUUAACUCUCUAAACGUAUUACGUCGACGAUCAGCUCGUCUCAGACGCACAGAGCGAUGAACGAAUUACAAAUUAAAUUAUAGGUUUUUUUACGCGAUAUACAGACACUCCCCACACACUAACUGAUAUACUACGUGGGCAUUUUGUACUCCUUAUACUGAUCUACAUGCGUCAUUCGCACAAGUUUUUUUUUCUUUUUGUAACUAUAUUUAUAUAAAGUAUAUAAACACGCGUACACGGAUAUUUAUUGUACUUAUAUGUAAUAUUUUUAAUAUAAGAAAACAAGACGAAAUAAAACAUUUCAUAAAGACA